UGCUUCUCUGGGCCACUGGCAAAGUUUCUCGCUGCUAUAAGACUCUCUCUUCUGCAUAUUUUCACUAAACAAUUUGCUGUUGCUGUUGGAAGUAAACAUGGAAAAUCUCAUCCAAGUCCUUCUUGUGUUGUGCCUGACCUUGAUGAUAGAUGGCAAAGGGGAAGAAGAUACAAAUCUUUUAUUGGUAAAAAAGUAUGGUCGGCUUCAAGGGAAAACUGUACACGUGAAAGAGACAGAACGGGCAGUGCAUGCUUUUUAUGGUAUUCCUUUCGCCAAACCUCCUGUUGGACCAUUAAGAUUUGCCUCUCCAGAACCAGCUGAACCAUGGAACUCUAUCAGAGAUGCAACCCAGGAUCCACCCAUAUGCUUACAAAGCAGAGGAAUGAUACAAAAAAUAUUAGACUUUUUAAAGGUGGAGUUAAAUUUCCCUCCAGUUACUGAAGACUGCCUGUAUCUUAACGUAUUCACUCCAGCGGACAGACAGCACCAUUCUAAACUACCUGUAAUGGUUUUCAUACAUGGAGGAGGUUUAUCUAUGGGAGGAGCAUUUAUGUUUGAUGGAUCUGCUUUAUCUGCACAUGAAAAUGUGGUGACUUUGUCCAUCCAGUACAGACUUGGCAUUGCAGGGUUCUUUAGUACUGGUGAUGAGCAAGCACCUGGAAACUAUGGAUUUUUGGAUCAGGUUGCUGCAUUAAAGUGGGUUCAAGAGAAUAUUGAGGAUUUUGGAGGAGACCCACAGUCUGUUACUAUAUUUGGGGAAUCUGCUGGUGGAGUCAGUGUUGCUGCACAUGUAUUAUCACCUUUAUCCAAAGGCUUGUUCCAAAGAGCGAUAGCAGAGAGCGGAGUGGCUCUAAUAUCUGCUAUGGUGGUCAAUAAAGUUGAAGAGGUCAUGUUUUUCAGAAAUAUGGUGGCAAAUAUAUCUGGCUGUGAUUCAUUAGAUUCAUCUGUGCUGCUGCAUUGUUUGAAGCGGAAAACAGAAGAUGAGAUGGUUACCCUUGCCACAUCCCUGGAAAAAGUGGCCAUACCUGCGUGUGUAGAUGGGGAGUUUAUUCCUAAAAGCCCUGAAUCGAUUUUGGCAGCAAAAGAAAGUAACCGUGUUCCUUUCAUUGUUGGCGUUACCAACCAUGAAUUUGGAUGGAUUCUUCCUCUUAGCAUGAAUCUAAGUGGAUUAAAAGAAGGAAUGAAUAAAGAUACUGUGCAGUCAACACUCAUCAAUAUUCCUAUAUUUGGUCCCAUAUCUGAGUUUCUGCCUUUGAUUAUGGAUGUAUAUUUUGGUGACACAGAAGAUCCUUUAGAAAUCCGAAACCGGUUCCUUGAUUUAUGUGGAGACCUUAUUUUUGUUUUGCCCUCCAUCAAAACUGCCAAAUAUCACCGAGACUCUGGCCUUCCUGUUUUCUUCUAUGAAUUUCAGCACCGUCCUUCAAUCUUCCGCAAUUCUAAGCCAGCCUUCGUUAAAGCAGAUCAUGGUGAUGAACUCUUAUUUGUUAUUGGAGGUCCAUUUUUGAAAAGCAAUGGACUUUUCGGAGGUAACGUUACAAAUGAAGAAAAAGCCCUGAGCAAGACACUAAUGAAGUACUGGGCCAACUUUGCUCGAAAUGGUAAUCCUAAUGGGCCGGGUUUAACAGAAUGGCCAGAAUAUGAUGAAGAUGAAGAUUAUCUGGAAAUCGCCUUGAACCAGAAGCCUGCAAAGAAGCUUAAGGAGAAAAUUGUAGAGUUUUGGACCAUCACUAUUCCGGAAAAAAUGCAGAAGAAAAGAGAGGAAAAGGGAGAGCUUUAGAGUUGUCUAGAUUGUGUUUUUGUUUAUUUUAAAAAAUAUGUGCAUUUUCUAACCACUAUUUGUAAAGAGGGCCCAAAGUUUAGAAGCAUGACAUUAAAACUAUAUAGGAAAUUGACUCACAAUAUGUGAUAAGAAUGGUCUUUGAGAAGUCACAUGCUUUUGUUGUUUAUUUGCCUAAUUAAAACUGAUACAUGGUAAAUUAAA